AUGACAACGAACGAGAAUAUCAAGCCGCUGGUCGACAAGCUGCUGCUGAACCCGCUGCAGUUUAAACAGGCAACGGAGGCGACCGUUGGUGCAGGGGAACGCAUCUCUUCGCAGAUGCUCAAGAACCCUUCGUAUAUAGUGAUUGGGAAGAAGCACGGUACGGUGGAAGUUCCCAAAAUGGCUGCUGGUGACAAUGCUGGUGAGCAUUCUGAUAGAGUCGCUAGUGUACGGGAAACGCCGAAGAAACAGGUCAAGUCCAUGGCUGAGGCUUUGGCCAAUUACACUGCGGCGAAGGGCAAGAGGAGGGACCAAUUGAACAAAAAACUGGCGGUGGAUCAGGAGCUCCAUAGCGACGUCAGUAGUGACACUGAUGCGUCGGAAGAUGUGUUCCACGAGGCUAAAGAUUUUAUUAACGGUGGUUUGAAGACGGUGACUAGUUCUGCAGUUGGAGACGGUGAGGCAACGGCUACGUACAGUGCAGAUGAAGAUCUGGGGGAGGAUCUGGGUGCACCUGUCGCAACAGAAGAUGCAGACCAGAAAGGCGAAGAGAAAGAAAGUUACGAUGAUGAUGACGACGAAGACGAUCAAAGUUUUGAAUUGGAGGACGACAAUGAUGAUAAUAAAGAGGAUGACAUUUCGCGGAUUUCAGAUUCAGAGAAAGUAGGUUUGCUCGAGGAGUCGAUGGCCUUUGAAAUCGAAAAGGAGAAAAUGCGCGAGGAGAACAAACGAGCUAGUACAGCCCUACCAGAAAAUAAACCAGAGGAAACAGUACCGGAGGAGGAUCGUGAUGACGAGAAUGAAUUGAAACAUAAGACGCCUACUUCGAGACAAUCUACAACCACUUUAAAGAGUACUUCCUCACAAACGUCGCUGGAUUCAGCUGCCCCCGAUCUAUCCAAUUUUUACGCCUUUAACGAGAACGAGAACGAUGAGGGCUCUGCAUUGCCUUCCAAGAUUGUUAAAAAUUGGGGGCGAGACCUGUCCAGCUUGAAACCUAGAGGCUUACUAAAUCAUGGUGUUACCUGUUACACAAAUGCCGCGGUGCAGGCAAUGUUACACAUCCCAGCAAUUCAGCACUAUCUUUUUGAUAUACUGCGUGGCAAGUACAGUGAUACAAUCUCGCCCACUUCUGUAUCCACCGUUUUGGCAGAAACUAGCAGGAGGAUGUGGUUCCCGAAUGAAAUUCUGAAAAAAAAGAUCGGUACCUAUAUUGAUCCAAACAAGCUUAUCUGUAGACUAGACGAUAUCAACUGUAUGAUGAGCGAAUGGCAACAAGAGGAUUCUCACGAAUAUUUUAUGUCCUUGAUGUCCAGACUACAAGAGGAUUCCGUUCCAAAGGGCCACAAGAUGACCGAAUCGAUAAUAUACGACAUCUUUGGAGGGUUAUUGAAACAGGCGGUCACUUGUAAGUCGUGCGGCAGCAUUUCCAAGACAGAACAACCUUUCUAUGAUCUGUCGCUACACUUGAAGGGCAAGAAUAAAUCAGAUCUCAACAUAAAUUCAGAGGCUAAUACAAGCAACGGCGGUAAUACUACCCAGGAUUCGUCCACUACAGAGAACGGCUCUUUGGAGGUUGGCAAUGGCAAGGCGGCUACUCAACAGGUCAGUGCACAGGCAAAGCAACUUGCCGUUAACAGGAAAUUUUCGAUUGAGAAGUCGAUCAAAGAUUUUUUCAACCCUGAGCUGAUCAGGGUCGAUAACGAACAGAAGGGCUACGUCUGUGAAAAAUGCCACAAGACAACCAAUGCGGCAAAACGUAACUCGAUACUGCGGGCCCCUGAGACUUUGUUGGUUCAUUUGAAAAAAUUCAGAUUCAAUGGUACAUCUUCCUCCAAGAUGAAACAAGCUGUCUCAUAUCCAAUGUUUUUGGACCUAACAAAAUACUGUGACAAAGAGGCUACACCCAAGGGUCAAGAUGUGUUGCCCGUCAAAUAUCAACUGAUAAGUGUCGUAGUCCACGAAGGUCGCUCUCUAUCUUCAGGUCAUUACAUUGCGCAUUGCAAACAACCGGAUGGUAGCUGGUCAACUUAUGACGACGAGUACAUCAACAAAAUUACAGAAAGAGACGUGCUGAGGGAGUCGAACGCAUAUUACCUAGUCUAUACUAGGCUGACUUCCAAAGCGAUCAAGUUAAGAGAUGACCUAUCGAGUGUCAAAUCCAUGGAGUUGCCAACGAAAAAGAACAUUGCAUCUACCAACGGCAACGGUAACGGUAACGAUCAGAACGUAGCAUUGCAAAACCUGUCAUCUUCGCCCAACACUUCUGCAUCGUCAGGUUUCCCACCUAAUGGCAAGAAAUCGGGGAAGAAAUGGAAGAAGAACAAGAAGAGAAGAACAAAUAACCUUUCCAACUGA